AGGGGAGAAGUCACUGACUGGAAAUACACAUGGCGCAAGGAUGAUGUAGAAUCAAUCAGUAGGAAGCAUGAAUAUGAGAUCAGUGAGGUUAAGAUUUCAGACAGUGGUGACUACAGUUGUCUGGGUACACAUAUUGAUCAGAAGAAAGAUUCUAAGUGGAGUGAUGCAGUCAGACUGACGGUGACAGCUCUGCCUACAGCCUCAGUGAAGAUAGUCACUACCCAGGAGACACUGUACUCUGGAGACACAGUCAAGCUGCAGUGUGAACUUUCAGACUACACAGACUGGACUUACCACUGGUUAAUAAAUAAAGAAGGGCCUUCCAGGCAGACCAGUAAAACCACCACCAUCUAUCUCUCUGAUCAGGCUGGUCAGUACCAUUGUGAGGGGACAAGGACAAGACGGACCCAAAAUUCAUAUCUCAGCUCAUCUCUCCACAUCAACAUCACUGCUCUUCCUGAAACUACACUGACCGUGAAUCCAAAUCCUGCAUACACUGGAGAGACAGUAACUCUGACGUGUUCAGUGGGGUCUGACAGUGGCUGGAGCUAUACAUGGUACAAAGACAACACUAAGAAAGUAGUGACCUUGUCUGGCAGACACACUACAACAGGAGCCACCUUCACCAUAAGUAGAGCUGCUGAGUCUGACCAGGGUCUCUGCUGGUGUCAGGGAGAGAUCCAGUCCAGAUCCGUAUCAUCAAUCAUCAGUGAUCCUGUCACUAUCACUGUGAAAGAGAGACCUGUGGCUGUUCUGACCCUCCAACCCAACUGGCCCCAGAUAUUCAGUGGAGAGACUGUCACUCUCAGAUGUGACAUACAGGGGGGAGAUUGA